AUGAAAUUCACAACCAUCCUUCUCGCCUGUUCUGUGGGUCUAGUCUCUGCGCGCAGCUCCAAGAUCCGACAACAAUCCGCCACCUGUUACGAUCGAUUCGAUGCGAUAAAGGAUGCGAAAGCCGCAGGCUGUGAUAAGAUCAGUACCUAUCUUAUCAGUGGCACAUUUUGUAAUCCAUACGGCUGUGAUUGCGAAUGGGGAUGCAUUGAGAGUGAUGGGUACAAUGACGAAUGGAUCCCAUAUAAGUGUCCCAAUGGAUUCGGUAGCGAUGUUUGUUCUGAGUAG